UCACUCAGGAAUUUAUUUUAGCAACGGAGUAUGUUCGAUCAAACAGUGGCAGUUCAAUGCCUGUGACACAUGUCGCUCACAGCCGACACAUUAGGCAGUAAUGAAAGAAAACCGUCACCUAACAAGUAAAAUUAUCAAUCGCUCAUUCCCUUCCCCCUCCCUCCUCAUUCAUGCUACGCUGCUGAAAUCCUGAAAUCCGUACUUUACACACUCCUCGCGCCCCGCUAAAAUGCGCCGUAAGUGAACGAAGCUGAUCUAUGCGCACCGGCUAAAGCUCUGAUAAUCCAACGGCUGCCAAUGGCUCACUGGAUCUCCUCGAAGCUCAAAGCCGCUGAAACCCUACUCCAACAGAUCGACCAGCAAGCUGCGGAGUCACUAAAAAAAAAUGAAAAACAAACAAUAGAUGAUCAAUUGGCUGUUGAAACUUCAUCGAAAGCUCCUGAAAAUAGAUCACUGAUAAAGGACCAGCUGAAGAAGAAAAGCCCACAAAAUGUGCUUAGCCAAAGUAUUGCUUCCGGUGACAAACGUGAUUUAAAUACAUUUAGUAGAAGUAACAGUGAUGCUAAACAGAAUGAUGAAGCUGGGAUGUCACUGAACUUGAACUCAAAGUCAAACAUGAGUCCGGGACUAACUGAUAGUGAUUGGACUGAGUUACUUAGUGUGCCAGAUAAAAAGGCUGUAUCUGGUGCAGGAGUUACAUCACAAGGUAGUAAUCGAGUUCCAGUGACUCGGACCCUUAAGAAGAAUGGGAAGAAGGUAGGAAAUUCUGGGCAAGGAUUGAAUCUUUCUGUGGUAGAUGGCAGGACUGAAAAGGUUGGAAACAAUGGAGUUUCGAAGAGUUCAAGAAAAUCAAAUGUUGGGUCAGAGAGUAACACUAGUGCUGAUAGCGAUGAGAAGACAAGUAUUGUUGGGGAUGCAACUCCAAGAAACUCAAGCUUUCAGUCCUUAAGCAGUAGAGGUGAAUCCAACCAAACGCUGACACCUAUAUUUGGCACAACAAACUUGGGAAGAGUGGAGGGGGUGAAUGAUAUCGUAGAUGGGGAGAAGCUCAGUUUGUUAAAAGAUUCUGACCACUCUUCUCAGAUGGCUUCGAUUUCUCUGGAGACGAAAUUGGCUAUGAAGGCGGGAUUGAAUGGUAGUGAUAGGCUUGAAACAGAAAUUAGCGCGACUAAUAGAUCAAAAAUUGGUUCCAGAAGUUCUAGUUCUAAAAAGAAGGUGUUGCCGUUACCAAGUGAGAGAGACUCUAAUUCUGAGACGGAUACAACUUCAUCAGAUUCAGAGAGUGAAACAGAAAGGGAAGAAAGAAGAAAGAGGAAGCAACAGAUUCUGGCAGAAAAAGCAGCUGCAAAAGCAAUCGAGGCAAUUAAAGAACGAGAGAACUUGGUUGCUAGAUUAGAGGGGGAGAAACAGAGUUUGGAGAAAAUUUUUGAAGAGCGAGCAAUACAACAAGUGCAGGAGGCUUCAGAUUUACAGACUACAAUGAUGGAGACCAUGGAUGCAGUUGAACUAGAGAAGCAGAAGCAUAAUAAUACUCGUAUGGAGGCCCUUGCACGAUUAGCAAAACUUGAGAGUCUAAAUGCUGAUCUUGCAAGAUCUUUUGCUAAUGUACAAAAAAAUCUUGAAGUUGAGGCUGAUCGUAUAGCUGAACUUCGUCACCAAUUUCAUAUGAAAGAAGCUACUCAAGAAGAAUUGAGAAGAGAAAUAUCAAAUACGCACCAAAAUGAUGAUACCCUAAGAGCUUCAAAAGGUGUUGAGUUUGAACUGGAGAUGCUUGAGGCAGAUUAUGCUUUCGUAACUGACAAAGUAGAAAGAAUGCAAGCCCAGGCCAAGACUCUAGAAACAAGCAUUGAGACAACCCGAAGAGAAAUAGAAGAUCCUUCUGAAGUUGAAAUUGAGCUCAAGCGAAGGCUUAGUCAGUUGACUGAUCAUUUGAUUCAGAAGCAAGCUCAGGUGGAAACACUAUCUUCCGAGAAGGCUAUGCUCCUUCUUAGGAUCGAGGCCGUAUCAAAAUUGUUGGACGAGCACGGGCCAGCUGAUUUUCCGAGCACCUCAUCUAGGGAUGACCUGCAACAAGAUACAUGGCAAUUGUCCAACUUGAAGUUCAGGUCUUUACUGAAAGGGAGAAUGCAAUCUGGUCAACAGCAGUUGGGGUCGUUGGUUCGACAACUGGACUCGCUCUUUUGCACCGGUGCCGUGUUCCUUCGUAGAAAUUCGACAGCCAGAGUUUGGUCUCUUGUAUACUUGGCGUGCCUUCAUCUGUGGGUGGUAUACAUUCUAAUGUCACAUUCUCCGGUGUCGGACGAAGGUCGAUCCGGCGCCGUCAUCUCACUGGAGAAUAUUAAUAACACAGGAGGUGUCUGAAUUAUUUUAUAUGUAUAAUUUUGGAUUAAUUGUUUUAGCCAACAUUCAGAAGUGAUCUUCUGUAUAGUACAUGCAAUUUCUGCCCGACUAGUUGAUACACAUUAAUGUACAGAAUAGAGAACAUGUCGAGUCAUCGCAAAACAGCAACCAACUUCAAAUAAAUAAUACUGUUUUGAGUGCCA